AUGAAUGGGCUGAUGAAAGAUUUGCCAUGGGGCUUUCAAGCCUUAAAAUAUAUGUGCAAUGGUUGCUGUGAGCAUCGUCGUGUCAAUCGGAUGAUGUGGCAUCAAGGAGGAAUAUUGGUGCUCACUUAUUUAGCAUACACUUGUUAUCAUAUGACUCGGAAGCCGAUAUCUGUAGUGAAAAGUGUCUUGACUCACAAUUGUAGCAAUUUGCCACCACCUCCAAAUAUUCCAGUGAAUGACAGCAACCGUGACACUUGGUGUGAUUGGGCUCCAUUUGACACUGAAGAUGCACCAGCAUUACUCGGCAUGUUGGACUCAGCCUUCCUGUUCGCGUAUGCAGCGGCUAUGUUUCUCAGUGGGUUUAUAGCGGAGAGAGCAAAUCUGCGAUACUUCCUUUCCUUCGGUAUGCUCGCAUCAGGCAUCUCGUGCUACCUAUUUGGAAUCGCUAAAUCAUAUAAUAUCCAUAGUCUAUGGUACUUUAUUGUCGUGCAGGCAAUAGGCGGAAUCUUUCAAACUUCUGGUUGGCCCGGUGUGGUAACAGUCGUGGGAAAUUGGUUCGGAAAAGGCAAGCGAGGCUUAAUCUUCGGAGUGUGGAAUUCUCAUACAUCCUUGGGGAAUAUAUUAGGCACUUUAAUCGCGGCCGCGUAUGUCGAGUCCGAUUGGAGUCUGAGUUUCAUAGUGCCCGGCGUGAUAAUGGGAGCGGUGGGAUUCCUCCUCUUUCUGUUCUUAGUGCCAAAUCCUAUUGACAUAGGAUACAGCCCGCCCGCUUCUGUCGGAUAUCGGAAAAUCGACAUAAUGAACAGUUCGGAUGAUGAUCAGACCGAUGUAGGUUCCGAUUCUCAUAGUAUCGGCGAGGAUCGUGUCACCUAUCGCUGUGUCUGCCGUGAACAACCGUCUGUCAACCAUUUGGUCAAUGAACGAUCCGAGACCAGCCCGAUGUUAGGACACCGUCGUAUGCAUCACGUACCUCGUGAUAAUGCGAUCGGAUUUAUAGGAGCCAUGAAGAUACCCGGUGUCAUCGAAUAUUCCUUAUCUUUGUUUUUCGCGAAGCUUGUUAGCUAUACAUUCCUCUACUGGUUACCAUUGUACAUCGAAGCUUCAACUUGGUAUGGCGCAACUGCGAGCGCGACAUUGUCAAUUCUGUUCGAUGUCGGCGGAAUAGCAGGCGCCAUAGCAGCCGGUAUUCUCUCAGAUUUUAGUGGCAUGAGUGCCCUGACAUGUGCCGCAAUGUUUGGAUUCGCAUGUCCUGCGUUAUUUUUAUACAAUUAUAUUGGGAACAUCAAUCUAGCCGUCAACAUAGUAUUAUUACUAAUAGCAGGAUUACUAGUGAAUGGUCCUUAUGCUUUGAUAACGACCGCUGUGUCGGCUGAACUAGGAACUCAUCCUAACUUAGGAGACAAUUCAAAAGCAUUAGCUACAGUGACUGCCAUAAUCGACGGAACUGGCAGCAUUGGUGCUGCAGUUGGUCCGCUAUUGGCGGGUUUAGUAUCUCGAUGGGCUAAAUGGAACAAUGUGUUUCAUAUGCUUAUGUGUGCGGACUUAUUAGCCCUAUUGUUUUUGUCCAGAUUAGUUUAUCGAGAAGUAAGAUUAUACAUACAAAGACGAAGAGUCAUACAAAUUUAGACUCUGAAACAAAGCUUAAAGCUUAAAGUAAAUUAGUGUAAUAUAAAUGUGAAAGUACGCGAUUUCACGCGUAUUUGGAUCUGUGUACCUAUAAUUUCGCUCGUAUUCUCUUUAAAGUACAUAAAAAUGUUGUACAGCAUUCCUAAGCAAGUCCAAAAUUGAAACAU